AUGGCGUCCGCUACCCGUUUCAUCCAGCGGCUGCGGAACUGGGCAUCUGGGCGAGACUUGCAGGCGAAACUGCAGCUGCGCUACCAGGAGAUCUCCAAACGAACUCAGCCUCCUCCCAAGCUCCCCGUGGGCCCCAGCCACAAACUCUCCAACAAUUACUACUGUACUCGCGAUGGCCGCCGGGAAGCCAUGCCACCCUCGAUUGUCAUGUCUUCGCAGAAGGUGCUGGUGGCAGGCAAGCCCACAGAGAGCUCAGCUGUAGCAGCCUCUGAGAAGAAGGCUGUGUCGCCGGCUCCUCCCAUAAAGAGGUGGGAGCUGUCCCAGGAUGAGCCUUACCUGUGA